AUCGUGAAUCUUGGAUUGAAUCUUUGGCGGCAACUGGAAGAACUUUCCCUGCUAUGGCAGAGAAACCCAUUGUCGAAACAGUGGGACGGAAAGUCCGUCUGAUAAGUCCUCAAGCCAAAACAAAAGUGGUCGUAGUUCAUCGUUCGGCUGAACCGGUCGAAGUCAAAGUCCGGCCGGCGCAGGCUCUCUCACCGAGGGUUGUCCCAAUCGUCAAGCGUGCAGAUGCAAGUUCUAGCUCUGAAAUCGUUUACGACGCCUCGGGAUCGUCGUCAACAGCUAUCCUCGAAAUUCCCUCGCUCGGAGAUGAGCUCCUCAAUGGGUCUGAUACCUCUUCGAAAGAAGUGGUUAUCAACGGACGCACUUAUUCGAUACAAAACAUCGCCGGGCAACACAUGUUCGUUGAUGUUCUAACCCAACAGAAGCUCCUGCCUGUCCAGCAGGGUGGGGAGUUGACGUUGAUAGAUGUUCUCGAGGAACAAGUCGAAGAUGCCGAAAUUAGCAAAUCCAUCGAGCCCGAAGAUUUUAUGGAUAUUGAAGCGAACGCCACGCACAUCGAUGUGAUUCGCCCAUCCCCGGAACUGCAAGACACCCCGUCCCCCUCGGGAGCUUCGACUGAUGGCUCUUUCACACAGAAGACAAAGGAGUUCGUGCACUGCCAGUUCUGUCAGGCCACAUUUAGUAAACGGAGCAAUUUCUACCGACAUUUGCGGAGAGCUCACGAGACCGAUAGCAAUCAAUUCCGGGUGAAGCCUCAAGGCGAUAAGGGCAAAUGUCCCGAAUGCGAAUCACGAUUCUUCUCUCGUCAUGAGCUCCUACUGCAUUUGGCUCAUAAGCAUGCGCAGGAAGUCGUUCUCUUCAAUCUGACUUUCACAACGAAGGAAUCGUACAUCCGCUGGCUUGAAGACGUGAAGGUUCAGUAUACGACAAGUUAUGUGGCGCACAACGGAGGUCGGAAAUCCCUCGACGGCCGCAUAGGUCGAAUCUAUCACUGCAGCCACGAGUUCAUGAGCUAUAAGAUGCGUCAGGCCGAGACGACCGAUCAGAGCGAGCUCACCAUGCGCUCUAGGAGAUCUGUCGCGAACAAGGUCGCAUACUGCACAGCUCACAUUCGAGUUUUCACCGAUGAUAAAGGAAUCCUCUACGUUACGGGUUCGCCAACCCACAUAAACCACGAGAUCGAUCCGGACAAUCUCAGCGGCGCACGGGUAAACUUGCCCUCCAGUGAAACUCUGCCGGGCUACAGAAACGUUUUCAGAAACUGCUCGGACGGCUUGCCGUCUCAAACGAAGGCGACGAUUCAGACCCUAAUAUCCAAGGCUGAGGAGCUGAAAGCUUUCCUACACCACAAACCGGUCUCGGAGAACGUGCUUAUGGCGAUUCAGCGGUCCCUGAAUUCAAUUUAUAGGGUCGCGUCGACGUAUAAGUGUCGAGUUGUCGUGUCGGAUGCUACUCUCGAGAAAAUCUGA